GCCAGAUCUCUUGACUUUUCUCUAACAAAGAUAGAAUUUCUGCAAAAACCCAGAUUGAGCUGAACUGAAUUGAACUGAGGGGAUAAAAGGUUCGGCAGGGAUGUCGGGCAGCGCGCCAGGAGACCUUGUGGCGCGGGCAUUUGAGUCGAUGCUCAAAGAAUGUUCUAACAAGAAAUACAAUGCUCUUCAAUCCUCCAUUCAGACGUAUUUGGACGGUGGAAAGGAUUCCAAUCAGCAGUCAAAUAUUGGCGAGACUAAGCAAGAUUCAACGGCAGCUCCAAAGCAAAGUGGUUCAUUUGAACCUGACUCUGGAGGUGAAAAAAAUGAGGGAGCUGAAUCAGCUGCUAAGGAUGCCGAACCUACUAGCAGCAGUGGAUCAACCACAGCAGUGUCAGAUUCUGAUCUUGUUCUGGAACCUCUUAAGCUUGCCUUUGAAACGAAGAAUACUAAAUUGGUGGAACUUGCAUUGGAUUGCUUUCAUAAACUCGUUGUUUACAAUCAUCUAGAAGGUGAUCCUGGUAUUGAUGGCGAUAAAAAUUCAAAAUUGUUGACAGACAUACUCAUUAUGGUUUGCAGCUGUGUGGAUACUUCAACACCUGACAGUGUCACUCUUCAAGUAAUGAAAGUUCUUCUUACUGCCAUAGCAUCGACGAAGGUUCGAGUUCAUGGUUGCCCAUUGCUCGAAGUCAUCAAAGUUUGCUUUAAUAUUGCUAAUACUAGCAAGAGUCCUAUAAACCAAGCAACAGCAAGGGCAUCACUGACGCAAAUGCUCAGCAUCAUUUUUAGACAAAUGGAAAACGAUGCGGUAUCUCCGGAAUCUUCUAAAAACAAAGAUGGUCAAAUGGAGGACCUAGAAAAGUCGCUCAGUAAUCAUAAUGACCCAAAAAAGACUACAGACGACAUUAUAACUGUGAAACAUUUAGAUAGUACACUCAUUGCGUCUGGUGAAGGAAUUCAGAGUCUUAUAGGUGGCACUGAUAUAAAGGGUCUCGAGGAUAUCCUUCAGAAGGCUGUGGAUCUUGAAGAUGAUAGUAAACUCGAAAGUGGAACGGGUCAAAAGAGCAUGAGUAUUGCACAACGUGAUGCUUUACUUCUUUUCCGUACUCUCUGUAAGAUGGCUAUGAAGGAGGGCAAUGAUGAUUUUACUUCCAAAAGUCGUAUUCUAUCUCUUGAGCUUUUACAGGGUGUAUUGGCUGAUUGCGGUGUCUCAUUCACAAAGAAUUGUCAGUUUGUUGACUCAUUAAGAGGUCACCUUUCAUUUGCAUUAUUGCGGGCGGCGGUUUCCCAGUCUCCUGUGUUAUUUCAGCAUGCAGCGGGGAUUUUCUCAGUUAUUUUGUUGCGAUUUAGGGAAAGUCUCAAGGCUGAAAUCGGAGUUUUCUUUCCCAUAAUUGUUCUGAAAGCUUUGGAUGGAUCAGAUCUUAAUCAAAAGCUAGUUGUACUCCGGACAUUGGAGAAAAUCUGUAAGGAUCCUCAGACGCUUGUUGACCUGUAUAUAAAUUACGACUGUGAUAAUGAAGCACCAAACCUGUUUGAAAAGAUGGUUGCCAAUUUAUCCAAAAUUGCUCAAGGUACUCAAAAUUUGGAUCCCAAAUCUUCUACCGCAUCCCAGACAGUAUCAAUUAAGAUAUCGUCUCUUCAGGGUCUCGUGAAUAUUGUCAAAUCACUAGUAAUUUGGGAGAAGGGGCACAGAAAAUCAGAUAAUCAGAACGAGGACAAUAAAUCCUCUGAAGCUUUAGCUAGAAGAUUGGAUGGAUCAAAAGGUACGGGAGAAUCACUGAGCAAUUUUGAGGGGUUAAAGGUUUAUAAGUCCACCAUGGAAGCUUCUGUCUCUGAGAAACUGUCCAGAAGCGAUUUCAUACAAAUGAGUGCAAGUACUGCUGAAGAAUCUGCUCCUCAAGAACUCUUGGAGGAGAUAUAUGAUAACAUUGUAAAAGAAGAAUUAGUAAAUAAAGAUGAUUCAGUGGAAUGUUUGAAAAACAGCAAGUACAAAUUAGAACUGAACGGGAGACGCGGCCUACUCAAUGUUCUCAAUCUGUCCUUUCCUAGAAGGAUAUCUUCGAGCGAUUCCAUUCCCGAAAAAGAGGCUGUUCUUAAUAAGAUACAUGCUGUGAUUAAGGAGCAAGGCGACAAAAAAGGUGUCUUUUUCACUUCAGACAGGAUUGACAUUUUACGUCCGAUGGUUGAAGUUGUAGGAUGGCCAUUACUUGCUACUUUUUCCGUCGUCAUGGGUGAACCAGACAACUCAACAUGGAUUAGUAUUUGUAUGGAAGGAUUCAAAGAAGGUGUAGUUAUAAUGUUCGCGCUCGGAAUGGACACCAUCCGCUAUGCAUUUUUGACUUCAUUACUGAGGUAUAAUUUCUUACACGCGCCUAGAGAUAUGCGUGAGAAAAAUGUAGAAGCUCUACGGACCCUUCUUGAUUUGUGCAAUACCCAUAUGUAUGCCCUCCAAGACUCUUGGUUAGCCAUUCUGGAAUGUAUUUCGCGUCUUGAAUAUAUUGUUUCUUGCCCUGCUAUGACUGCAACCAUCGUGCAAGGAACAAAUCAAAACUCUAGAGAUGCUAUUCUUCAAUCUCUGAGAGAGCUCUCAGGAAAAGCAACUGAACAAGUCUUCUCCAAUAGUGUCAAAUUGCCCAGUGAAUCAGUGGUUGAGUUUUUUUCCGCUUUGUGUUAUGUAUCAGCCGAGGAAUUAAAACAGUCACCAGCUCGUACUUUUAGCUUGCAGAAGAUUGUUGGAAUUAGCUAUUCCAAUAUGACUCGCAUACACAUGGUUUGGGCUAGAAUAUGGACCGUCUUAGCACAACAUUUCAUCUUUGCUGGGAGUCAUGCUGAUGAAAAAGUUGCAAUAUACUCUAUCGAUUCUCUACAACGGCUCGGAAUGAAAUAUUUGGAGCAUCCCGAGCUUGGACACUUCACUUUCCAGAAAGGAAUUCUCAAACCAUUCGUCGUUCUCAUGCAAAGCAGCAAAAGUGAAUCCAUAAGAAGGCUUAUAUUAAGUGGCAUCGUUCAAAUCAUAAGAUCAAGAGCUGGAAUUAUAAAAUCUGGAUGGCAUAGCAUUUUCAUGAUUUUCACUAUGGCUGCCGACGAUAGCCUAGAACCCAUAGUCGAAAGUGCAUUUGAGAAUAUUGAACAAGUUAUAUUGGAGCACUUCAAUCAGGUUUUUGUCGACUGCUUCAUGGAUUGUGUGAACUGCCUGAUUGGAUUCGCCACCAAUAAGAGCUCAGUUGACAUUAGCUUGAAGUCCAUUGCUCUCCUCCGCAUAUCUGAGAAUCGUCUUUCAGAGGGCCUUGUACCUGUUGGUUCUCUGAAAUCUGUAGAUAGCACAGUCGACGAAACUUGCAAAUUAGCCGAGCAUUAUUGGUUCCCCAUGCUGUCCGGUCUUUCUAGGCUUAUAUCUGAUCCGAGAUCGGAGGUCAGUAAUUGUGCACUCGAGGUUCUAUUUGAUUUGCUGAACGAGAGAGGAAGCAAUUUCUCUACGGCAUUUUGGGAGAGUAUUUUCCAAGGAAUCCUUUUCCCCAUUUUUGACCAUGUGAGACAUGCUGGAAAAGAUAAUCUUAUGUCUUCCGAGGAUGAGUGGCUUCGUGAAAGCACUGUCCACGCUCUCCAGUUGCUGUGCGAUCUUUUCAACAGUUUUUACAAGGAUGUGUGUUUUAUGCUGCCCCAACUGCUCAGUUUACUGUUAGAUUGUGCAAAAAAGACCGAUCAAUCCGUUGUUUCAAUAGCUUUGGGUGCAUUGGUUCAUCUGAUCGAAGUUGGAGGUCACCAGUUCACCUCCGAUGACUGGGUUACUUUGUUGAAAAGUUUGAAAGAUGCUGUGCAUGCAACACAACCGCGUGAGCUUCUCAACGAUGCGAGUUUCGAGAAUGGGAAGCAUCGCAAGGUAUUAUCAGGAGACUUGGACAGUGGUGUUCCGGUAUCCGGAGACUCAUUGCAUAACAGUCAUGACACAAUCCAUACAAAUGGGAGUUCCAUGGGCUCAACAUCCUUCAAAGCUAAUGGUGCUGAAAACGCAUUGGCACAAGAUCAAGAAACGACGCGCGCAGUGGAUAUGGAGGUAUCUCAAGGCCCGCCGUCACCAUCUGUUGGAGCAACGGACUCCGAAGUCGGAAGCCUUCAGCGUAGUCAAACAUUUGGACAAAAAAUUAUGGGGAAUAUGAGGGACAACCUGUUAACAAGAAGUUUUACGUCGAAACCAAAGAACUUUACAUCUGAUGCAGCAGUGCCGUCUUCUCCAUCCAAGGUUCUUUUUCCAAUGCAGAGUUCUACAGAAAGGCCUCCGUUGAAUCUGCUCCGCCAGGAGCUGACCGCAACUAGCAUCUAUCUCAACAUCCUGCUAAAGACAACGGCAGCAGUUGCAGUUCAAGACGACAAAGCAGCCAAAGAAGAGAAGCCGGAAGGGAUAGCUGAAGAAAAGCUGGUCUCUUUCUUCGAACAGGUACUGAGAGAAGCAUCUGAUUUUCAAUCUAGCAUGGAAGAGACAGCGAAUAUGGAACUCCAUCGAGUUCUUGAACUACGUGCUCCUAUAAUUGUGAAGGUAAUGAAAGGUAUGUGCGAGAUGAAUCCCCAGAUUUUCAAGGAUCACCUCAGAGAUUUUUACCCUUACAUUACAAAACUCGUCUGCUCCGAACAGAUGGACGUUCGCAGUGCGCUUGCAGAUCUAUUUAGCUCACAGCUCAGCACGAUGUUGCCCACCGGAGACGAAGAGUGAUUGUGAAUUCAAAUACGAUCACGACUUAUGUUUGUUUCUUCCUGCUCCCAACUUUAAAAAUUAUUCUAUUUUUUGUAGAAUUUUUACUUAUAUAAUCUCACUGUAAAAAAAAUUAUUCUAUUUUUGUAGAAUUUCAUACCUCUGCUUAAGGCCAUAUCUAUAGUAGAAUUUACUAGCUAGAUUGAUUAUAAGUGGUCAUGGAGGCUUGGAAAAAUUGGAUUUUUGAAGAAUAGGAUAUGUGAUUACAGUUAUAUUGA